AUGUCGUCGUCUUCUUCUUCAAUCUUCAUGAGCCUGGAAGACCUUGAUGUAGGGGUUGUGAAAACAUUCCACCCCACUGAUUCUGAUUUAGUGGGAAGCUAUCUCUACAACAGAAUUAAAUCCCCAAUCCCAAUUGGAAAACAAACAUUCCCUGAGAUUAAAAUAUAUGGCACCACAGAUUAUAUCUAUUUCUUCUCCCCGGUCAAGAAGUUGGGUUCCCGCUGUUUUCGCAAAAUUGGCUACGAUGGGGGCACCUGGAGCGAGACUGAAUCUGCUAAACCUGUCUAUGUCAGUGGAAUUGAAGAGCCUUAUGGGAAACUAAGGAAAUUUAGAUACGAAAACAACAAAGUCAAAGGCUGUGAACACCAUGCUGCUUGGUUGAUGGAUGAAUUCACCAUCAACCAAGCACCCGAUUUGGCUUUGUGCCGGCUCAAACUCAAUGACAAAGGAGGAGGAAGAAAAAAGAGGAAGAAGAGUUCUAAUGAGACUAAUGAGGAUGAGAAUCACAGAAAGACAAUGUCUUUCAAAAACCGAAAACUUGAACCGAAAAGAGUUUAA